AUGAUGACCGGGGAUCCAGAACGCUUCAAGCAGCUCGUCCAGAAGAGCCUCCUGAGGCAAAUCAUUGCCAUUGACAAGCUGGCUGCCCGUGGAAUGCACUUCUGGGAUUACGGCAAUGCAUUUUUGGUGGAAUGUCAGCGAGCUGGAGCGGAUCUGCUUGACCCCAAGGCAAAAGACGAUAAAACAUUCAAAUAUCCCUCGUACAUGCAGGACAUCAUGGGAGACAUUUUCUCGAUGGGAUUCGGGCCUUUCCGUUGGGUGUGCACCUCUCAAGAACCUGACGAUCUUGCGCAAACAGAUCGCAUAUCGUGUGAGGUGAUCGAAAAUCUCCUGAAAACGAAAGUGCCAGAACAUGUACUGCAGCAGUACACAGACAACAAGAAGUGGAUUGAAGGUGCAGCGGAGAAUCGCCUCGUGGUCGGAAGUCAAGCUCGAAUCCUCUAUUCUGACCAAGAAGGGCGGAUUGCCCUCGCUUUGGCAUUCAACGACGCUGUCCGAAGCGGAAGAGUGUCUGCACCAAUCGUCAUAGCAAGGGACCAUCAUGAUGGUGUCAGGAAACUGACUCGCGUAUUCGCGAAACAUCGCGACUCAGCGACGGUGUGCAUUUCGGCGAAUGGCCUUGUUCAAGAAUUUCAUGAGUGA